AUGGCGGGAGUAUCGGGUGCCGCCGCCGUCGCAGUGGGGACGCUACGUGCCAUCACUGCCGGCUCGGAGGAUGGUCGGCACCAACUUCUGGUACACGAGGACAACUCGCUGGCCACGCUGGCGUAUCGUUAUUGCAAUGUUGUCGUUCGAUUCACUCACGAAAUCCUUCUGGUUCAGAUCAUCGCCCUGAUUGCCUGUCUGGUGGUCGUUGCCUCCGCGCAGUAUCAUGUUCCGGAGCACAAGGAGCACCACGACCAUCCCAAGUACAAGUUCGAGUACGGAGUGAAGGACCCGCACACCGGAGACCACAAAAGCCAGUGGGAAGUCCGGGAUGGAGAUGUCGUGAAGGGAGCCUACACUCUGGAGGAAGCUGACGGAACCCACCGUGUGGUCGAGUACAAGUCGGACAGCCACAACGGUUUCGAGGCCAAUGUAAAGAAAGUUGGACAUGCUCAUCACCCGCAGGUGUACGGAGAGUCCCACGGACAUGGGCACGGAUCCGGCGCCAGCUACGCCAACGUGGACAAACACUACUAA